AUGGUUCAUGGAUGCGAAAGGGCGAUUGAGAUUUGGAGAAUCCGAUCAGAGGAUGAAGUUAAAAAAUCUCUCUCACGGAAACGCAAAAGAAAGAGGGAGAAGCAGACUGCAGAAGGAAAAAGACGAGAAGGAGAUACCAAUGAUUCAAUCGCAGAUCAUGAAUCUGAGGAUUUAACAAGCGUUAACUUAACUGAAAUAAUUGUGUCAUAUGUAGUCGUACGCACUAGCGGCAAGGCUCGCUCGGUAAGUUGGAUGAAGAAUAAACGCUCGAAGAAUAUGCAGCUCCUUGUGGCUACAACAAAUAAUCAGCUUGAGGUCUUUAGUCUGCCAACAAAAGAGAAGCUAAGCAAGCCUAAAAAUGAAGAGCCACCAGAUUACACACGGGUUAUUUCUGUCGAGUCACCAGCGCAUCGAGCAGAUAUUAGAGCACUUUCACUUAGCUCGGAUGACCGGAUGUUGGCAUCUGCUUCCAACGGUGGCCUCAAAGUUUGGAAUGUUAAAACAGGAUCUUGUAUCCGCUCUUUUGAAUGUGGAUAUGCCUUAUGCUGUGCUUUCUUGCCAGGUGAUAAGGUUAUGGUCGUUGGUACAAAAUCCGGUGAACUAGAACUAUUCGAUAUGGUGUCUAUGGUAAUGUUAGAUAGUGUCAAAGCACACGAAGGUGCUAUAUGGGCCUUACAAACCCAUCCUGAUGGUCGAUCACUCGUAUCAGGGAGCGCAGAUAAAUCAGCCAAGUUCUGGAGUUUCAACAUUGUUCAAGAAGAAAUUCCUGGUACUAAAAGAACUACCCCUAGCUUACGUUUAUCUCAUACACGCACUCUAAAGGUUACCGACGAUAUUUUGAGCCUUCGCUUCUCUCCAGACUCGCGCUUAUUAGCAAUUUCUCUAUUAGAUAACACAGUGAAAGUGUUUUUUGUCGAUUCUUUAAAAUUAUUUUUGAACUUAUAUGGACACAAGUUACCUGUUCUAGAUUUAGAUAUAUCAUUUGACAGCAAGUUAAUUGUAACAUGCUCAGCAGAUAAGAACAUUCGAAUUUGGGGGCUAGAUUUUGGUGAUUGCCAUAAAGCCUUCUUUGCUCACCAUGAUAGUAUACUCAAAGUAGGGUUCGUUCCACAUAACCAAGAUGGAAACGGACAUCAUUUUUUCAGCUGCAGUAAAGAUAAGAUCAUAAAAUACUGGGAUGGUGAUAAAUUUGAGCAAAUCCAAAAGCUCGAAAAUCAUCACGGCGAAAUAUGGGCUUUAGUCGUAAGUAAAACCGGUGAAUUCUUUGUAAGUGCCAGUCACGACAAAAGUAUUCGGGUCUGGGAGCAAACUGAUGAACAGAUCUUCUUGGAGGAAGAAAAAGAAAAAGAACUUGAAGCACUCUACGAAAGUACACUGGCAACGUCCUUGGGGCGGGAAGAUGAAACUGAGACGGGAACAGUGAUGAAGCAGACUAUUGAGACGCUCACUGCUGGCGAGAAAGUUGUCCAAGCACUCGAAAUUGGCUUAGAAGACCUUAAGCUUCUGAAAGAAUGGGAAGUUGCUCAGACAACACAGCCAAACAUCGCACCGCGAUCUCGCGAUCCUUUGUUUAUGGCAUUAGGAGGAAUUAGUGCAGAAGAGCAUGUUUUAGCUGUUAUCAACAAAAUCCCAGCCGCAGAACUAGAAGAUGCACUCUUGGUGCUUCCUUUCGCUUCUGUGCCUCCAUUAUUUACAUUUCUGGAAAUUUUUGCGACAAGAUCGAUGAAUAUCCCGUUGACAUGUAGGGUUCUCUUCUUUAUGCUAAAAGUUCACCAUCGUCAAAUCACUUCGAGUAAACUCAUGAAGCCAAUGCUAGAAAGAAUCCGCAAAGAAUUAAGAGGUUUAUUAAAUAAAAACAAAUCGGAAAUUGGAUUUAACAUUGCCGCCAUCAAAGUCAUCAGUACUCGAAUAAGAGACAAAGAAGUCAUCAACUUUGUUGAUGAUGAAACUUUCAAGCCUGCAGUCAGCGAAAGAAAACGUGGAUUCGUGUCAGUUUCAUAA